GAAUACUUCACAUCAGAGAACCACAACACAUAUAAACACGUUAGCGCCCUUCUCACUUCCUUCAGCACUCUUUUCCUCGCGUGCUACGGAAGGUCGGUUUCCUCUCAACUGAUCGGCGAGCCGUACACACCUUUUUUUAAAUCUCGUAGCACUGAACUCCCCACCCCCCUCCCCCAACAAAAGAAGAGAGAAGACAAUUCAGCUCCUAGGGCAUUCCAUCGCAGGCUCAGAAAUGCAUUCUCACCACUCAAUGCAGCCGCCCACCCCGGAGAAAAACAAUAGCAAAGAGACCCGAGGAGAUGCCACCAAUGGCACGGCGCCCCUUUCCAAAAAGAAACAGAAAAAGGCCAGCAAGGUAAUGCAGAAAAUUAAAGUUCCAGGUGGGAGUGUUGAUGUGAUGGUGCAGCACACCAACGAUGAUAGCGUGGUCAGCAAGCGCUCUGCUGUGGCACACGACUACGUACGCGACUGUUUUCUGCGGUGCUUUGUCAAGAAGCCGUCGCGCCGUUCGCCGCUGAUCAACCGCGGCUACUACCUCCGCAUGGCUGUGAUGACAGACCUCGUAACCCGUCUGAUCCAAGUCGCUCUCUCCGCACCGGAGCGUGCUGCGCACACGACGCCUACCUCGGACUCUUCCUCAGCUGCUGCUGCUGCUGCAGGUACUACUCCACCAAUCCAAGUCUUGUCUCUCGGCGCAGGCUACGACACUCUCGCGCUGCGGCUUUUGCUGGACUCCGUCGAUCUGCUUUCGACUGGCAAGCCCAGCGGGCCGUCGGCGACGGCGCAGCCGGCUUCUCUUACCGCGUCGUUCCCCAACGGAGAUGUGGUGUUCGCGGACGUUGACUUCCCUGCGGUGUUGCAAUCGAAGGCGGCGCUGAUGGCUGCUGCUCCUCCUCGUACCUUUCCCCCAGGAUGGAGACUGGCGCCAGCAGACGCCGACUGCCCUGUUGCUAGCCCGUUUUACACCGCCGUCGGCAUCGAUCUUCGCACGGCCGCUGCGGAACUGCUACCUCGUCUGACCCGCUACGGUCCGAAAGGCUUCGCCUCCACUAACUUCACCAUCAUCUACGCAGAGUGCGUCAUGCAGUACAUGCCGCCUGAGGACGCGGCGAGGCUGGUGGCACUGCUCGCGUGCACGUUCCCCAACGCCGUCUUCGUGGCGUACGACCAGGUCUCCCCCAGCGACAGCUUCGGCCGAGUGAUGCAGCAGUCUCUGCGCCAAAAGAACAGCCCGCUGCUCGGCAUUCAGGCCUGUCCGGAUGGACGACACAUGACGCGGCGCGCGCUGACCUCCGGCAUGCAUCGUGCCUGGUGGGGCAACUUCUAUCGUGUCUCUCGUUACGUGAUUGCAGGGCCGGAGAAGUCGCGCGUGGAAGGCCUGGAGGCGUUUGAUGAGCUCGAGGAAUGGAAUGAGAUGUGUGAGCACUAUGGCAUCACCAUGGCGACCACCACCAGUCGUGUGUGGAGUUCCGUGGUGGCACAUGGCUGCGCGGCGCACCGGGCCUUUGUGGAGUACGCCGCCGAGGGGAAACCACUGGCGCAACCGCCUGCAUCUGUCACCUCUGUUGUCGCAUUUGCAGAGCAGCAGGCCGUGAGCGGCGCCUUGCAUAACUGGCCCUCCGCGCGAUAUGGAUUUGAAGGAUGGGGAAAUGGCGGGGUUGCGGUGGAGCCGUUGCGUAACGGCGACCGGCUCCUCGUGUCCUUCGGCGGCUUUGCGGUGGGCAAGCGGCAUGAGCGCACCAAUGCCAUCUACGUGCACAGCCUGCAGGAGGGCGAGCUGCGCGUGGUCGUCGCAGGAGAUGAUCCUGUGCCGCUGCACGGUGGCAGAAACGCUCACAACAACGAGGCGUCGAACAUGUCUGUGACAUCCACCACAGCCAGCGUGGCAUCCACCUCGACUGCAGCCUCGAAAAUGCCACCGGCGCUGGUCUUUCACUCCUUCUCCCGCAUCGGCACUGGUCAGUACCUCGUGUGGGGCGGCCGAACGAACCCGGCCGCUGCGACGUCAAAUGCUUACGUGCUCACGCUGGACAUCCCACGCACCGUGAGUCUCGGCAGCACGGUGCGUGCACGAUGGACGCCGUUGAUGGUGACAACGACCGACAAUUGCUGUCCCUCGCCUCGCUAUCGGCACUCGAUGGUGUGCCUCCGUAGCUUGGAAGACAACGCCGAGGCAAAAUUGCUGUUGAUGGGUGGCAAGACAGCCACCGAAGCAGCAGCGGCAACUACCGCAACCACCGGCGACGUAGUGAGCACGACUGAACUGGAUUGCUACUUGGUGACGGUCUCGACACUGCACUGCAGCAUCACCUACGAACCGCUGCGAAAUCUAAAAGGGAAAAAGGCGGGUGUGAUGCCAUCUGCUGCGCAUUCCUUCGCAGCACUCGCGCUGUCAGACGACGACGUUCUCCUCGCGGGAGGUUUGUUUGCUGACCGCGACGCUUGCGAGAACUCACUGUGGCGACUGCGGCUUUCGACGCACGAGUGGACACGGCUGCCGGUAAACCUUGGAGCAGGUCGCUUCUCGCACACUCUCACACGCGUCACCGUCAACCAUCGCGACUGCAUUCUCGUGCUGGGCGGCAGCACGUGGGAAGAGAAAUCGAGCGUGUCCGUUGGCAUGCUUGUUCCGGCGGAGGUGGCGGCGGCGGAAGGGGAAAAGGUGUCACCUGUGCAGCCGCUUCGUGUGGCGCUGCCAAGUGACGCCCCGUGGUGGUCCCGUCACUCCUGCGUGGUGCUGGGUGAGGGCGUGGUCGGGGUGGUGGGAGGCGGGUACACCUGCUUCUCCUUUGGCACCUUUGCCGCCAAACCGCAGCUCCUCUACCUCGGCGACUCCGUUGACGGGAGCGCGUGGCGUUGCGCUCCCGCCGCAGCAGCAACCGCUGGUGCUGCCGUCAACGAUGCUGUUCGUGACACCGCAGCGGACGAAACGCCCGGUUCCCGGCCGGUGUACGCCUACGAUCAACUGCUGUCAAAGCCGUGGCCCUCCGUGCGGGAGGUGGCGGAGUACAGCGCUGCGGCGUUUCUGGCGGUGGCGCGCGCUGCCGCGGAGCCGGUGGUGUUCCGUAACGUGAACCUUGGAGGCUGCGUGCAGAAGUGGGCGUCGCCGGCGUACCUGAAGAGCGCGGAGGGCAACACCACCGUCUCCGUCCACGUCGCGGAGAGGUCGCAACUACUGGACUUUGUGCGUAAGAACUUCGCCUUCCGCCAUGUGACGCUGACGGAACUGGUGCAGCACCUCGAGGACGCGACGGAGCUCUAUCGCACUUGCAUGGAGACGCCGACGGAGACGUGGUACUACCGCUCGAUCGCGGCCCACAUGAAGAGCGAGCGGUCAAACCUGUGGACGGACUUCGCGACAUUGGGGCAAGACUUUGUGUUGCCGCCUGGCGCAAAGGAGCACAUCGAGCCGCUGCUGCAUCAGUCCUGUCUGCGCAUGAACGCCCCACCACUGCAGCUCUGGACGCACUUCGACACACUGGACAACGUACUUUGCCAAAUUGUGGGCUGCAAGCGUGUGGUGCUCUUUCCGCCAAGCGAGUACAACAACCUCUACAUGUCCGGCAGCUCCUCGGCAGUCAUUAACUUGGAUGCGCCGGACCUGGUGCGCUACCCGCGUUUCAUUGAAGCGUGCAAGGCAGCGCAGGUGGUGGUUCUGCGACCAGGCGACAUGCUCUACUUCCCAGCCAUGUGGUUCCAUCACAUCACGACGCUGGAGGAAGAGGAGGUGGAAGUUGGUAGGCACGGUAAAGGUGAUGGCUCGUCGCCUCGUCAUUGCCCACCGUACAAUAUCAGUGUCAACGUCUUCUACCGCCACUUCGAGCAGGCCUCGGUGUAUGACACGAAGGAUUUGUACGGCAAUAAGGACAUCCUCGCCGUGACGCGCCUACGCGGAGAACUGCAGACUGCCGUGCGUGCGCUUGUGAGCGGCGCGCGUUUAAGUGACUGCGAGGAGGGAGCAGAAGCUGCGCCGGUGCUCCCCUCAGAGUACGCCGAGUUCGCGUUGCGCGAGUUCUUGCAAGACGCCGAAGGAAUUGCAGCGGACAUGGCGGAUGCGCGGCGGGCCUCUGCGGCCGAUGGCGAGGAACGCGUGUGA